UGUUUCAUUUAGGUCCCAAGAAAAUUAAGAGAAAAUAAAAUGAAAGAUUAUAUAUAAAAUAAGAUAAUAUAAUAAUAACAAAUAUUUCAUAUAAUGGUUAUGGAUUGUGUAUUUUACAAUAGGCAUCGUAAAAACAGCCCUAGAUGUGCUUUUCUUGUGUUAUUAUUUUUUUUACAGAAGAGGUCACGUCCCUCAGUAACCGUAGAGGACAACAGCAGUGGGCUGUGCUUUGGGGUGGGAUUUCCUCGCGGAGUGGGUGGGAAAUUCCACUGAGCUGCAAAACACUUUACCAGCUUUACGCACGGGGCGGGCCUUUCAUUCAUUAAAUGUGGGCCACUUAGACAAUCAAAGAUGUUUGAGUUUCCAUGCGCAGUGACCAGGAAGGUAAAGCACGGAGCGUAAUUACCCCUCUUCCUCCAGCUCCGAUCACCACGACCUCCAGGGUGCAGGGGUGUUUUUUUGUUUUGUUUGUUUGUUUUGAUUCACAAAGAAGAAUCUUUUCUGCAAGAAACAAAAAAGACAGAAAACUGGACAUGAGAUGCGAUUUGUUUCUGCUGGAGGAUCGAAGGGAAACUAGAUAAGACCUGUUGGCGAUGAUGAAUUACUUGAAGGGACAAAUGUCCAGCCUAUCAGAGGAGGCAGCCGGAUGUCCACCGUCCAGUGCUGCUGGGGUGAAGCUGGAGGCGGUGAUGGAGCAUCUGCAGAGACAACAAGAAGCCAAGAUGGAGAUGAACCUGCAGGAGAAACAUCUGCUUCAAGCUCAGCUGCUGUUUGCUCAACAAGCCGCCGCUGCAGCGAGAGCCUCCGGAUCCAGACAGGACUCGGCGUUGUUUGGGAAAGCCCAACAAGCUUUGGCCAAUCAUCUGAGCAGAAUGGAUCCAGAGGAGGACGAAGAUAAUGAAGACUCAGACGAGGAGUUGUUAGACCCCCAAGACAACAAAGAGGAAGAGGAUGAGGAGCAGGCAAAAAGGCCUAAACUGCAGCAGAGUUCAGGCUUCCCCCUCCAGCGUUCUUCUACGUCUCCAACAGCUGCUGUGGAGCGAAUGCCUGAAUUUCCACCUUCAGCGAUAAAGGAGGAGCGCGAGGAGAAGAACCUGAUGUCUCGUGCAGGCCAGCAUGGCGUCACAUCACCCGGUGACUUUGCUGACUGGAGCUAUGAUGAGCAUUUCAAACAGAGAGGAGGUGCAGUCUGGGCCGACGAGAGUGACGGAGGAAAAGUCAGAGGAGAACCUUCCAGAGACUUUGCCAAGCUUUAUGAACUGGAUAAUGACCCACAGCGGAAGGAAUUUCUUGAUGAACUCUUUGUCUUUAUGCAAAAACGAGGAACUCCUGUGAACCGCAUCCCCAUCAUGGCAAAACAGGUGCUGGACUUGUACCGGCUUUUCAAGCUUGUGACAGAGAAAGGAGGCCUGGUGGAGGUUAUUAACAAGAAGAUCUGGAGGGAGAUCACCAAAGGUCUCAAUCUCCCCACAUCCAUCACCAGCGCAGCCUUCACCCUCCGUACCCAGUACAUGAAGUACUUGUACCCGUUUGAGUGUGAGAAGAAAGGUCUGAGUUCUCCAGGUGAGCUGCAGGCAGCCGUCGACAGCAACCGCAGAGAAGGUCGUCGUCCCGGUUACGCUAACAGCCUGUACCGCUACUCUUCCUCCCCGAGCUCUGCUCCGCGUGCACUGCUGUCUUCACCCACGAUGCAAACCACCCCAACCACACACAACGGCCUGAAUACAUCCGCUAGUCCAAACUUAAAGAGAAGUGCAGAGGAGACCUCCAGCCCUGGACUUCCCCGGCUGCCGAUGGCUCUGGCACUGGGGCAGCAGCAGCAGCAGCAGCAGCUGGCACAAGCUGCCACACUGGAGCAUCUCAGAGAGAGACUGGAGCGAGGAGCAGCUGCAGCUUCAGCUGACGGUCCAGACAAGAAAAUGAUGCGACUGGCAGAGGAGCAGCAGCGCCUCAUGCAGCAGGCUCUUCAGCAGAACCUCCUGGCUAUGGCCUCACACUUUAACCCCAUGAACCUCAAACUUAAGAAUGGGCACGAAAACAAACAGGAUUUAUCAUUGAACAUCUCUACUAACGGACCUGCCAGUAUCAGCGUUUCUGUGGAGGUCAAUGGCACCAUUUACUCAGGAACUCUGCUUGCCCAGAAGUCAUCUGCUCCUGUGCCGUCACAAACCGUGACUCGAGCAGGAACAAGUGGUUUCGGUGGCCUUUCCUCCUCACACAGCCCCUCGUCUUCAUCUUCCUCAUCCUCAAAAGGACCAAAUUAAGGUUCACUGGCUUUUAAAUCUGGUUAAAAGAAUGACACACAAUAUACCUCUCUUGUCAGACAAGAAUUGUAUCAACUCAAGGGAAAAUCUGCUGCAAAACUGAAGCUACGUAAUUUCUUGAGCAUCGUCCUUCUGUUACUUUAAUGUGCUUGAAAUGAUUUUUGUGCUUGAAAUGAUGUUUGACCUCAAAGCUUCCACACCGACCACAACAUAGAUUCAGAUCACAGUUUACCAUAGUGCCUGUUAGAAGACUUUUUAAAUGUAGUGGUGUUCUUGUCUAAAGGGCUUUACCGGGUUUGUUCAGAAGUGUCUUUAGAACAGAAAAGUGCAUGAUGAGAAUCAGUGCUGCUCCUCUGUAGGCGUCAGUUACAUUUACAGCUAAUCAUCCAAUAUAUAGCUGCCUUUCAGUAGUCAUCAGUAGAACAAUGUAGUUUCUGAAGUGCAGCUAAUGAAGACCAAAAAGCCUUAGUGCAGUGUCGUAGCUACUGUCUGUAACCGUUUGCUGAAGCCAUUUUGUAUUUCCUUUGGUAAACAUUUGGUUAUACUUUAAAUAGCAGCUUUCAGGGAGUGUGGAUGCCAUCAGUUUCCACAGAAACGUUACGUCUCCUAAAGAAUCAAUUGGAAUUUAAUCGAAACUGGACACAUAUUUGUUGGAAUUGUUUAUUGUUGUGCUUUAUAUUGCUUUUUCAUGUUUUUGUGUCAUUUGGCUUGGCCUCAAAAUUACACAUUUAUUUAAUGUCAGCUGUGAAUCAAAGGCAGAAUUUGAGAGGCGACAUUUUGUUUCUGCUGGGAGCCAUAUGUACAGCUGAAGUGAUGCAACAUUUACCUCAAUUGACUUCCCACGGCGGUAAGUUUCUCAGACUUCUUACUUUUGGACUCAGGAAUGUCCUCUGGACUUACUACUGUUAGACUAUAUCUCAUAAUAUAUUGCUGUUAUAUUUGUAUAAAUGCAGAGAAUGUGUCAUUGAUGAACUCUCUGUGCUACCUCACUCUGCUAUAAAAAUAUGCAAUGCUUACUGCAGCAUGUGUUCAGCUGGUCAUCAGCUAAUAUCAGUCUGUAUGUGGACAAUCAAGUAGACAUGUCACUGAAAACAAAUGCCACUGUGAACUUAACAAAUGGAACGGUUGAUAAUGAGGCGACGUUUGGGUCUGUUCUGGUCUGUGUGUUAACGUAUUGCUUGGAUAUGUAGCCAUAAGGAAUUAAAUAAUCCUGUGUGCUGGAAAGACUCUGGUCUUUUAUCUUUUUUUUUAAACAUAAAAUCAGUGGUUUGUUUUUGAACUAACUGCUGUUGCAUUUAUGGUGAUAAGGCAGUUGACAGAAGCUGCUCUUAGAUUCAUCCUGCAUGCGUAUAUUAUUUGAACUGGGUUUCAGCUCACUGUUUUGCCAUCUGGUCCAUAUCUUAUGUCAUCAGUAGAUAUAGUUGUUCUUGGCUGCAGCAGGCACAACAAAAAACCUCCCUGUUCAGCACCAGAUAAGUUUGUGAUGAGUCGGUUAAAAACAGUCAAGCAAUAUAUCUGUGGAUUCUAGAGGAAACAACUGUGGAAAAUUGUCUCAGCCGUUGUAUGGCAGGAAGGGAUUAUUUUCACAGAAAAACUUUAGUUACUGAUGGAGGGAAUUUAAGUAGAUUUUGCCAAUAAUACUCACACAUAUUUCUUAAUUAAUAUUUUCAAGAUUAUUACUUGUAUUUUAAUGAUUCUGUUAUUGUAACUCUUACAUCACACAAAUAGAGUGGCAUUUAAGUGAGUAAUAGCUUAUUUGUGCCAGUUGAAAAAAAAUCACACUUUAGAAUUUCUAAUUGUUGCAUUUUCACAAACCAGAUUCAUGUAUUGUCUUUUUUUAUGAUAUGUAUCAUCAGACAGGGUUCAUUAAGUCAAAAUCUAUAUAUUGCAUAUGGAGGAGAAAGUGCAGAAAGAGUCUGGCUGAAGCGAUUAUUCCUUAACUCUGCAGCAGACCUAUAACGGUGUCAGUACUGAUGGAGACACGAGCUCAUAGGUCAGGGGAUGAGGGUGGGGGAUGGGCUGCAGGAUUUAGUGUUGGAUAGUUAUCCUAUAGUGGCAUCUGGAACACUGAAGAAGAAAGAUGCUACAGAGGUAUUAUGAGCUGGAUAUCUCCGCCCACAGUCCCCACCCACUAGUGAGUAGUAACACUGGUGAAGUCACUCAGCAGAUGAGGGGAUCACCGUCCCGGGACCGGAUUGUUCUGUAUGAAGACAGUCUGAAGAGAAUGAGGAUUUUACAGCGUUGAACAGGAAAAUAGAUCCACAGCUGCAGAGAACUGCUGAAUAACAACUUCUGAAACAAACCCCAUCCUAUGCAAGGGACUUUUUUUUUUUUAAACAUUUCUUGUGCCUCACACCAAAAUCAUGUAAUCCUGAAUAACCAAGAUGUUUUAAUGCAGAACACUGUGAAUGCUUUUGUGGCUUAUGAACUCCAAAAUAAUGGUUUUGGUUGAUCCUCUGAAGCAGACAUAUGCGGGUAGAUACUUCCAGGACUGAAAACAGAAAUGCUUUUUCAUAAAUCAAGCAAAUGAUGAUCUGGACUGGGACCUUUGGCUUCUACUUGUGAAUGAUUUAAAAUAGCCUCUAACAAACCUUCAACAUACAGUUGACACCAUGCCUUACCACGAUGAGGAGUACCCAGGCCAGCCUCUCUGGCAGUCUGUGCUGCUCUUCUGCUGCAAGGGAAUGAUUGAGGUCAUCAUGGUCAUCCUCUUCUUGUGGCUCCUGGUGCAGGUCCUCUUCACCAAACAAUUAGAAGGUAAAGGAAUCCAUUCUUUCUGAUGUUUAGAAAUCUAUAUUAAGAGUUGCUGGUUGUUGUAAACACUCAUCCAGCAAUCUUAUCCUGACAUUCCCUUGUCUUUUCUCUGUUCAAAAAUGCAUGCAACUAAAGCUAAUACCAUGUGUCAUCAGUGUAACUUCAUUACAUCCUGAGUAUUGUAAUUCUAGUACAGUAGUCACUCUUUGUGUUGCUAUCACUCCUCACCAGCUUAGCAAAGACAUUCAGGGUAAAACAGGGAAUUAAUCUGGAAGAUGAUCCCUUGUUUUGACUAAAUUCAACUCCUGACUCGGUUUAUGCUGCAUUUUUUCCAAGAUCAAGAAUUAUACAUCUACCCUUUUUGACAUCAGAUUAGGAAGAUACAUCUUUAUGAUCAAUAUUGACAGGAGGAAUGAUUUCAGUCACCAUUUUUUCCUGAGUAUACACAUGGGUAAAUCAGUGUUGUCUUACAAUACAAUCCAGUCAUUUUUUCCUACUUUAAUAUGAGACAUUUGGCCCAUGUUUACUUGCAAAUGGGUCAAAGUACAUGAACUGUGUUAUGUUAUCUGAUUGAACUUAUUCUUUUCUCUUAUGUCUACAGUUCAUCUCCAGAUUCUUCUUUUGGUUGGACUGAUUGUUUUCUGUCUGAGUUUAGUCCUGGGAUGUAUUAUGUGUUGGAGGAGCAGUAACCUUUGCCUACCGGCAGACAAAGCUCCUGUGACGUCAGAAGCUCCUGCUGAACCUGUGACCUUGUCCCAGAACCAACCUGCCUCAGCAGCAGCGUCAUCCAGGCAGCAGUACGAGGAGCUGGAUGGAGAUGUGUUGGAGUACCCGUCCACGUUCACCAGUCCUGCCCCUUCACAGGGUGAAUUUACCUCUCUGCCAUUAUCUAAUCAAGCUGCCUCUGAGCAAAGGGAGCAACCAAAGUCCAUUUUUUCUUUUCGUCGCCUCAGCACCCCACUGCUAACGUCACCUCUUUAUAAGCCCAUAGACCCUGGCCAUGCUUCCCUGCCUUCAUUUCCCAAACUGGGGUUGUUUACCCGAACACGUAAGGCUCUGCAGAGGCGCUGCACUAUGACUGGUGAUACCGUAUCCUACAGUGAACACAGCAGACUCACCAGCCCUGGUGCUGUUUCUCCUUCUCUGCCUGAAAGACCAAUCCCGCUGGCUCUGCUGAACUAUGGCUCAAGUGCAAGCUGCAAGGAGCCAAUAUUAUCAAAACCUUAUCUCCAUUUCACUAUGGCCUUUUCUUCAGAGCAGCAAGUCCUAGCAGUCACUGUACUCAACCUCACUGGGACACCUUACAGGCUGGAGGAUGUUUCUUUGCUGGGCUGUCUGCCGCCUCUGUACCCCGGCCCCAUACAGGCCUCUGUCCAGAGCAGCUUCAGCCCUGAAGCCCACAGCCUGGUGCUGCUGCUCAAGGUGAGGUCUGUGAAGGAGCUCCAGAAAUGUGUCCUGAGAAUAGCUGUUUAUGCACGGGAGCCGCAGAGCCUAAGAGGCACCGCUCUGGGUGAAGUGCAGGCCGAGUGUGAAGGAAGAGACUGGAGGCCAGAGCAUCCAUUUCACUUCACCAAAGAGCUUCAUCCAAACAAAGAGAAAAUAAAUCAGGUAGUGGAGUAUAUGUAUAUGUUUGACAUCUGGCCACACUUAUUUUUAAAGGAAGACCUUGGGUUCACUUUAACUUCUUCUCUCUUCAGCACUUUCAACAUGAAAAAUGAAGAUUCCAAAGUGAAGAAUCAACAUCUGAGCGUUAUUUAUAAUAUAAUAAUAUGCAGAAAAUCUAGAGGUUAUUGAUCAGUUUAAGUUAUUUUUUGGGAGAAAGUUAGCCGUACUUUGAGUAUUUGUUUUGUCUGAUGAUGUUUGAUUUAUGCUGUGCAUGGUGUGUUUCCUGCUGAAUGUGAUUUCCCUCUCUGCUCUGUGAACUUUUACCCUUUUGCUGCAGAGUCUGAUCUCCCAGGAUGUACUGACAUGUAAGGGGCUUAGCUGUCCUCCGCAGGUCUUCAUUUUGCUCCAGUAUCAGUCUCUGACUCACCAGGUCAAGGCUACAGUCCUCAGAGGUGAUAACCUCGACAGCCUCGCUCCCAUGCCCACAGCUGCAGAUUACCAGGUGGUGAUUAAUUUGCACAAUGACGGAGUUUUGAUCAGCAGCAGAGAAACUAAAGAAGAGUCCAGCACUGUGUGGAAUGCUUCUUUCCUGUUUGAUCUGCCUCCAGGAGACAUCAGUCAGCUGCCCUUAUUGCUCGAGUUCCUCAUCAUGCAGGUUCCGGUCCUGUCAGAGCGCAAAGUUGUCGGUCGAGUCCUCAUCGGAGCAGCGACUGCAGAUGCAGGACGAGCUCACUGGAGGGACGUGUGCAGCCGGAAGGUGGAGCAAGCUCGCUGGCACACUGUUCAACCAGAACUACUGUAGAGAUCUGACAUACAGCCUCAAAACCACUAACAGUGGACCAGAUGUACUGUUGAACUCACUGAGGCGUCUAGAAUAAGGUGUGAUGUGAAAGUGAUGUUGAGAUACAUGAAAUGAUUGUACGAGAAAUCAAAUCUUUAAACAUGGCCUUAUUGCAGUGUAACAGCCACUGAAUUUCUCUAUUGAACGUGCACCAAAUGACUUUUUAAAUGACUGAAGGAAUUAUCAAUCAUCUCUUGUAUCUAUUUGGUAUUUUAGUAAAAUAAAAAAGUAUAAGCAUGAAGGUGACUGAACUGAACUGAACACGAGGUCUUAAUCUAGAAAUACUGAGAAGUUACUCAGUUAUUGUGACUAAAAUAUCCUUUGCCAUUCAUUUAAUGAGUGAGCAAUGUGCUGCACACAAAAAUGCAAUUAAUUUCACAGUUCUCAAGGGAUACACUUAAAAUAUCUUGUUCUUUUAAAUGAUGUGAGGAAUCAUAAUAUUUAUAUAAAUGAAACACAGUUUUG